AUGAACGUACGCUUGGGGAUCCUCUUUCUGAUAUUACACUGUGCCUACGGGAGAAGCACCGCCUUGAGGGUAGCCCCCGAAGGAAUGGCAGCCUUUUUGAGGGCAGUCCCCAAGAAACACACCUUAACGAAGAACGCUCGAGUUUACAACAACUUAGAGAAAGUCAACACACAUAUAAAAGAUUUGGAUAUUUUAAACAAGUGGAAGGAAAACUACCACCUGCGAAUCAUCCUUAACUCGUACUUUUCGGACCACCUGCAGAAGGCUGUCUUAAAUGUGAAGGAAAAAAUCAGUCAGUACCCACAGUUUAUCAUUGCUGGUCCGAUUCCACAGAAGACGAUAAAAAAGAGAUUCACCUUCCUGAGAUCACCCCACGUGGAUAAGGACAGCAGGGAGCAAUUCGAAAUAAAGCAGUACGGAUGCAAAUUGGAUAUUUUCCUUAACUCCUCAAUCAGCUUGAAGAGCAACGAGUUCACCGAUUUCCUAUCUGUGAAGCUGCCCCGGUUCGUGGGCUUCGAGUACUACUUUGAAGAAAAUUACAAAGGCCUCAAAAAGGGGGAAAUUCAAAAUUUAAAAAAAAAAAAAUAUGUCAGUAAAUACUACACUAAUUUGUUAAACGCCAAGGAGAAAAAAAAAAUUGUUCAGUUGUUGUUGGAAAAUUCAAAAUACAUGAAUGUGAGGCUUCCAAGAAACGUUCACGAUUUGUACAAAUUCCCCCUACAUAUACUGCAGCACUAUUACAAAAAAACCAUGGAAAAGAAGAAAUGGUAUCACGAGAAUGAAGACUUGAUGAAAAAGAUCGAGUCCCUUUCAUUUGACUAA